UAGAAAUCUUAACUCCUUAGGGGGGGUUUCCCUUUAUAAAGAGUUCAAAUUCCCUUGUGAUUUUCGGUGUGGGAAAGAACCCACACUAAAGCCCACAUUUUCCUAGUUUUCUCCAUUCCAACGGGUAAACUUCGAAAAACAAUUUCUCAUUCACCCGUUAUCCGUUUUGAGUGUACCAUAUAUCGAAUUGUAGCCCUUAGCAAGGACAAUCCGAAACCACUUUGACCCGACCCAAAUCGGAAGUGGACCCCACUCAAAUAAUUGCCCCAAAAUGACCAUUUAAUACACUUUUAACACACUUUUUCCAACACCUUUCGUUACUGUAUGGGUCAUUUUCCUUUCUUGGGUUCUGAAUUCAAUUUCUGCACACGUUUGCGCUUUUGGCUGGGGAGGGAAUUUUUAUUGCAUUUGUGUUUGAAUCAGGUUAUGAACAAUGCCGUCUAUCUGGGAAUCGUUGUCAAGCUGCUGGAAGCCAUUGAAGAGAUAUACGCGAGUGAGGAGGGACAAAAGCAGUAGGAGUAUGCGCAGAGAAGAUGACGAGCUUCUCUGGUAUAGAGACCUCGAGAAACACCAUUUCGGGGACUUCUCCUUCGCCGUCGUUCAAGCCAAUAAUAUGAUUGAGGAUUACAGUCAGGUCGACGCCGGACCGGAAUCAACCUUCGUCGGAGUAUACGACGGUCAUGGCGGGGCUGAGGCAGCCAACUUCAUCUGCAAUAACCUUCUCAAGAAUUUAUGCAGGAUUGCGAAAGAAGAAGGAAGGAUAAGUGAAGAAGUGCUCGGAAAUCCCUUCUCUGAGACAGAAGAAGGGUUUAUGUCAUUGGUGAGAGGGGCGCUUGAGCGCAACCCAUUGAUUGCUGCAUGUUAGGACCGUAUAUCCGUCUCCGGCUCAGGUCUAUCUCCACACACUCUCACACAACAUUCUAGGGGAGGCUUUUGCACACUCUAAUUUUUCUUCUCACCACUAAGACCCUCUCUCUAUUCUCACACAAAGGGAAAGAGAAGAAGAGAGCACUGCUCUCUGGAACAAACUUACGCAGGCUACUUUCACAGGAAGAGGCCAAGGCCUCUAAAUAAUAGCAACGGUCAGAAGGAAGUCACGGGUGAGAGCCAAGACAAAGAAAAGGCUCACAGGCUGCCAGACAAAGAGUGCAGCGGACAGGAAGCAGAGAAGGGGCCCGCCAAGUGGAUUAAGUCAACCGCUCAAAAUAGGUAUAUAUUUGAUCAGGAUAUAUACCAAAGAAAAGGUACUAAAGUGGGAGUAAAACAAUAGGGUGCAAGCCUGAGCAAAUAAAGUGGAAGGGAGGCCUUGGUAGGACCAAUACCUCCAACAUUCUCCACCUUAUUGGUCCUAGGUGGUGUAGAGAAACAAUAUAAGGUUGUGACAAGACUCAUCAUCGCCGGGUCACCCGGAAUAUCAACAGAUAAAACAGGCAAACACUAUAUUACGCAAUCCACAGUUAUCCACAGUCAAAGUUUAAC